CAGAUGUUCAUAUGGAAGCAAUGUGGCGUAAUGUUUCGCGGACGCCACAAAUGAGGGUACUUGAGUUUUAUAUUGUGUACAAUCCGUUAUCUCAAGUACGUGCGGAUGUAGACGACUGUGCGGAUGUAGACGACUGUGCGGAUGUAGACGAUGGUGAUGAUUUUAGUGAUGAAGAUGAGGAAGAAGAACACUUCUACGGGGCCGUUGCUGAUGACAACGAGGAUGAUGAUGAUGAUGACAUCGGUGGUGAGAAUGGAGAUGGCACCCAUGGUGAGAAUGUCGGUGGUCAGUCUGAACAAAAUACAGAUCAUUUUGAGUCGCGCCUUCCUCAUGAGUACACGCAUCAGAAUGUUUACGACAUGUGUGUCAAUAUGAAUCUGUGGCCUAAAGAAAAUGCAAUAUGGGAAGCUGGCAAAGAGUUUGAAUUGGGGAUGGUUUUUAGUUCGAGGUAUGCUGUCCAGACUUGCGCGACGAGUUAUCACAUUGCAGCUAAUAAAGAAUACAAGAGCAGUCAAACGACUGGUAAAACAAUAGUUCUUGUAUGUGUGAACAAUGACACUUGCAAUUGAAGGUUGCGUGCGUCGCUUUUAAAAGACGAGACAGAUUGGAUGAUAACAAGAUAUAACGGCCCCCACCAAUGCAGCGGCCAAUCAAUGAACCAAGACCAUCGCAAUUUAAGAGCGCGACAGAUAGCUGAACACAUCGACACGCAAUUGCAUCUGCAACGUGACAUUAGGAUUAAAACGCUUCAAGAGGGCAUUUUUCAAAAACUGCGAGUUAGGCCUGGAUACAAAAAAACUUGGUAUGCCAAGGAAAAGGCCAUUGCAAACAGGUUCGGACAAUGGGACGACUCUUUCAAGGAGAUUUGCAAUUUUAUGACGAAUGUCACCGUUGCUAAUCCCAGGACAGUCUGGCAUGCUACCGGUACACCAAUUGAAAACAAUCCACAAUUCAGAACUUUCAAGCAUAUGUUUUGGACUUACGAGCCAGUGGUGAAGGGUUUUCAGUAUU